CUGCGGCAGGAGGUAGUGCCGUCGUCUGUCCGCUUAGGGAGAUGCAGUGCGCGCAUGACGUCGUUCCAUAGAGAAGGGACUGUUUCAUUCAGCGGGUACGCGCGUCCCUCCCUUCCUUCCCCUCCUCCCCUUCUUCUCCGUGACUCCCUUACUUCCGCUUCUCUGAUGGCUCAGACGGCGGCGGUGGUGACGGCCUUGGGGUCCGGUAAAUGAGGUUUACGUUGGAGGACCAAAUUGCCAUAAACACUUCGCCCGACUGAAAGUAGACUUUUAUUAUUUUUUAUUUUUUCUCCUGUGAGUGGGUUCAAGCCUCACUGUGAACCAAAGCUCACGUUUUAAUGAUGAUUUGUGCCAUGCACAUACCUGAAUGAAACCGCAGCGGCUUAGAAGACAUGAGUUUGCAUUGCCAGAUGGGUUCAGAUCGGGACCUACAGUCGUCGACUUCGUCGGUCAGCCUUCCUCCUGUGAAAAAGGCGCCAAAGAAAAGGCGCAUGCCAUGGGGAUCUAUAUUCCGAAAGAAAAAGGACCCAAAACGCAAAUCCAGGGAUCUCAGUGUUGGCGUUGAUGGGAUUGCGAGCAUAGAGAGCAUUCAUUCAGAGAUGUGCACGGACAAAAACAACAUAUUUGCUCCUGCUACUGUUUUGAACUCUCCUGACAAUGGAGUGGUUGCCUGUGCAAGUAAACAGAAUGGAGACUUUAUAGAGUGUCCCCUGUGCCUUUUACGGUACUCGAAGGACAAGUUCCCUGAAAUAAUGACCUGCCAUCACAGGUCCUGUGCAGACUGCUUGCGCCAGUACUUGAGGAUAGAAAUCUCAGAAAGCAGAGUCAAUAUCUGUUGCCCGGAAUGCUCCGAGCGCUUUAACCCGUAUGACAUCCGCUUAAUACUAAACGAUGAUGCUCUGAUGGAGAAGUAUGAGGAGUUCAUGCUCAGGAGGUGGCUCGUUGCAGAUCCCGAUUGCAGGUGGUGUCCAGCUCCAGACUGCGGGUUUGCUGUGAUUGCUUUUGGUUGUGCCAGCUGCCCAAAGUUAACCUGCGGCCGAGAAGGUUGUGGGACAGAGUUCUGCUAUCACUGCAAACAGAUCUGGCAUCCAAACCAGACAUGCGAUGCUGCACGCCAAGAGCGAGCCCAGAGCUUGCGACUGAGAACAAUCCGCUCUUCUUCGAUCAGUUACAGCCAGGAAUCUGGAGCUGCAGCGGAUGAUAUAAAGCCGUGCCCUCGCUGUGCUGCCUAUAUCAUAAAGAUGAACGACGGGAGCUGUAACCACAUGACGUGCGCAGUGUGCGGCUGCGAGUUCUGCUGGCUCUGCAUGAAGGAAAUCUCAGACCUACAUUAUCUCAGCCCUUCCGGUUGCACAUUUUGGGGGAAGAAGCCGUGGAGCAGAAAGAAAAAGAUCCUGUGGCAACUUGGAACCCUGGUGGGGGCACCGGUGGGCAUUGCGCUGAUCGCUGGAAUUGCCAUUCCGGCCAUGAUAAUUGGCAUCCCUGUAUAUGUGGGGCGAAAGAUUCACAAUCGUUAUGAAGGCAAAGACAUUUCCAAGCACAAGAGGAAUCUGGCCAUUGCAGGCGGUGUUACCUUGUCUGUUAUUGUGUCUCCAGUUGUAGCAGCGGUAACUGUCGGUAUUGGUGUUCCAAUUAUGUUGGCCUAUGUCUAUGGAGUGGUCCCCAUAUCUCUCUGCCGAAGUGGGGGCUGUGGAGUUUCAGCCGGCAAUGGCAAAGGAGUCCGGAUUGAAUUCGAUGAUGAGAAUGAUAUCAAUGUUGGUGGAGCCAAUACUGCUACAGAUGCCACGUCCGUUGCCGAGGCGCACCACAACCCCAGCAUCGGAGAAGGGAGUGUAGGCGGGAUGACAGGCAGCUUGAGUGCUAGCGGGAGUCACAUGGAUAGAAUUGGAGCAAUCCGGGAUAACCUGAGUGAAACUGCCAGCACCAUGGCACUAGCUGGAGCCAGCAUCACUGGCAGUCUGUCUGGAAGUGCUAUGGUGAAUUGCUUCAAUAGGCUGGAAGUACAAGCAGAUGUGCAGAAGGAAAGAUACAGUCUGAGUGGAGAAUCCGCAACUGUCAGCUUAGGAACCAUUAGUGAUAAUGCCAGCACCAAGGCAAUGGCUGGCUCCAUAUUGAAUUCCUACAUUCCACUGGACAGGGAUGGCAACAGUAUGGAGGUGCAGGUGGACAUCGAGUCGAAGCCAGACAAAUUCAGGCACAACAGCGGAAGCAGCAGCGUUGAUGAUGGCGGCAGUCGCAGUAAUGGAGGCGGCUCUGCAUCUUGUCUAACCGAGAGCAAAAGCAGCACAGCCAAAUGGUCCAAAGAAGCCACGGCGGGUAAAAAAAGUAAAGGGAAACUGAGGAAAAAGAGCAGCACAAAGAUAAACGAGACGAGAGAGGAUAUGGACGCUCAGCUCCUGGAGAAGCAAAGCACGAAUUCCAGUGAGUUUGACUCGCCGUCACUAAGUGACAGUAUUCCAUCAGUCGCCGACUCCCACUGCAGCCAUUUCUCCGAAUUCAGCUGCUCCGACAUGGAAAGCAUGAAAACGUCUUGCAGCCACGGCUCCAACGACUACCACUCUCGCUUCUCCGCCGUCAGCCCCCUCCCCGAGGUAGAGAACGACCGCCUGGAAAACUCUCCACACCAGAGCGCCAUGGUUACGGAUGUCUCCCCGCUGAGUUACAUUGCAGAAGAGAACCUGAAUGUAUCAAACAGACCCGACCAGACUGGGGAAACCCAGGCGCAAGUACAGAGUGCCAUCCAGACGGACAUCUAGAGCUGUCGCUGCUGUGAUACUUCUUACCACUAGCCCUGCUCUCACCCAAAGCUUCGCCUCAAGUUGGCUACUGAGUCACCCAACGGAGCGAGCGGACUGUAUCCGGCACCUUCCACUGUUAUGGUCUUGCGUUUU